CUGUACUGACCAAGGUGUGGUAAGCUACCAACCAAGUGGAUUAAAAUCUUUGAAUCGAAAAUUCGUUAUCUUGAUGGAAUAUUGCGAAAUCAGUGCUUCAGCGCUUUUGUCCUCCCAUUCCAAGCCGCAUUCCAGAACAGCCUGUACAAAUGUUUGCACAUGCCAAACUGUCCACUUAAGGGAGUUGUUGCCAUCCCCUCCCAUUUGUGUACGCAUUAUGCGAACACACGGGAGCAAUUGAAAAUCAGGAAAACAGACAAUCAUACUUCCCCGAAAGUCCGCAACGCUCAUUGUCUAAAUAGUAGAGCGCGAGCAAAGAAGAAGCAAAGCUCUCUGCUGAGCUGCAGUUCUUAACUUCCACGUUUUAGUGGCCAGCAAAUAUACACGAAUCUAUGUACCUCCCUCCAAACACUCGUUCAAUCUCUGGCUGGGUGGGUUGAACGACUCGGCGGUGAGACACCCUGUUGAAGCCAGCUGGAAAGAUCGCAUCUCGUUUCCGUACCACACAAAAGGUACGUGAAGAAGACACUGGAAAUGGCCGUCCAUAACCCGCGGUGUGGCGGCUUUGUUUGCGAUGGCGUGUCAGCAAUUUUUCGGAACCCAAAGAACCCAACAAUCAAAGUCCAACGACCAAUCCAAUAAACGCUGACCAGAAGACUCACAGAAUCUGUCGUGCGGUAUCCAAAUUGAUUGAAUUGCAGCACGCACGGUCUGUACCAUCGAUUAUUCGUUUAUGUAUCCAGACUUAUCAGUGGCUAAUUUGACUAAAUUGCCAUUCAGCUGGCAUAUAAAACUGCCAUCCAUAAGCAGAUGCUGUGGUUGUUCGUCCGCAAAACUCUCAACUGAAAGAACGCCAAAGUGAUCGUGUGUGGUGAUAAAACUGUGUGAUUUUUUAGUCAUGGAGCGCUUUCUACUACUGUUGCUGUUCGUGGCGAUCGCGUUCGGUGAAACAGCGAACGAAACCUACGUCACCAAGUACGAUAACAUCGAUCUGGAGGAAAUUUUCAGCAGCAAACGUUUGAUGGACAACUACAUGAACUGUCUGAAACACGUUGGUCCUUGUACGCCCGACGGCCGAGAGCUGAAAGACAACCUUCCCGAUGCGCUGAUGAGCGAUUGCGUGAAAUGCUCCGAAAAGCAACGGAUCGGUUCGGACAAGGUGAUCAAGUUCAUCGUCGCCAACCGGCCGGACGAUUUCGCGAUCCUCGAGCAGCUGUACGAUCCGACCGGCGAGUACCGGCGGAAGUACAUGCAGUCGGACGCACUGGCCGAGCACGUGAAGAAGGAAGACCGCGACUUACCGUCGAGCGGCGACGGCGACGCAGACACUGAGACCGAAGCCCACGCAACCGAGCAUAACUCUCAAGAUCAUGACCACCGUGAAGGACAGUCGGAUGCGGAGUGAAAAUUGAAGCAGCAACGCCACCAUGUACUGCAGUUGUGUGUAAUAAAAAUCACAUUCGCUUCAUAGCGUAAAUAAUUCACACAAAUACAAAGCCA